AGGCACCAAUGAGGACAAAGAAUGUGACUAUUAUGGUCCAACAUUGUGCCGCUCGAGCGCUGCAUUUCUUGUGAUAGGUUGAGCCGCGAGGAAAGUCACCUCAUUGCACGAUCUCCCAAAUCGAGGUGUCAACCGAUUCGCUUGCCCGGCACCCCGUAGCAUGGUGAUACUGGAUUUGUAAAGGAAGGUCAACAGUCGGACAACGAAUGUGACAUUAGAGAAACUAUCUUAUGAUCGCAUCAGACACACGUUCAGGAUCACUUAAGGCCAAGAGCCACAGCGGCGUUGUUCGCUUUUAUCCUUCGUGCUUAUUUUGCUACCUAGCGUUAAAUAUAGGAACUGUUAGCUCGGCUAGUAGUGGGGUAGCAAGAAUUCUACAAACAUGGCUGCGCUUAGGGCAUCUUACCACAGGAUUCUGGAUAAAAUCGAACAUAUCCUGCCUGCGAAAUUGAGACCCCUUUACAACCACCCAGCAGGUCCAAAGACUGUGUUCUUCUGGGCUCCUAUGUUCAAAUGGAGUCUGGUGGGAGCUGGACUGGCUGACAUGAAUCGCCCAGCAGAUAAGCUCAGCGUCUCCCAGUCUGCUGUACUGACUGCUACAGGUCUGGUCUGGUCCAGAUAUUCUUUGGUCAUCAUCCCAAAGAACUGGAACCUCUUUGCGGUCAACUUCUUCGUUGGUGCUUCAGGAAUGUCUCAGCUGUUCAGGAUCUGGCAGUACAAGCAGAGUCUGAAGGCAGAGGCUCCAGAGGCGACGCAGUCCUGAGUGUCCGGCCUCGUCAGGCUGUAACCAUACCGACCGAAAGGGAACCUCCAUACGGGCAGUCUUGCCCCCUUUCAGACACUUUCCAUCCCAUAAUGUUUCCAUCUCCAGCCCGUUAAAAUCCAUGUCCAAAAACCCUGCUACCCACUGUACUAUAGACCACUCCAUCGGUCCUGUUGGAGGUAAUGCAAUUUCAUCUCCUCAGGGUCACUACCACGGUGGCAUUUUUAACCCUAACCAUUACACACUUGAGAAUAGUUGUCACCUAUGCACAAUAUGUAUAUUUUAAUAUGACCCCAAUGCGGAAUAAAAUGUAUGAUUGUAUGUUCUUAAUGAAGUUGUAACAUAUACAUAUGAUAUCAUGACUUUCAGGAAGUGUUUGUUUUUCAAAAGGUACGUCACACUGGCAUCCUAUGAAUUCAAGUUUCUUGGAUCUGUGUUGAAUGUGGGUCAAAUCACGUCUCCAAAUGGUUUCUCUGGAGGGCAUCAUAUUUUCAUCAUAAUCGUCUCCAUACAGUUAUUUAUUUAAUAGGAUUGGUAGCUAAUGUUAGAUCUCAAGGAUGAUUAAAUCAUACUUGCUUACCAUUUUGACUGCUCCCUCAUUUAACUAAUGCAUUCGCACAUUUCACAAACUGGCUUUCUCAAGAAAAUUAACAAUCAUUCAUCUGUAUCUUACAUUUUGCCCGAACUCAAGCCAACUGUCCUCAGUGUGACCACUGUAUACUGCUUCCACCCAACUGUUAACAGAGAGCCACCAGGUAAUGUAGACACAGUUGCCCAAGUCCACCAAUGUUAGUUGCAGAUUAGUUAUGAGGAAAUGGGGAAUGUGUAGAUGUCCUUCCAUGUUAAGCAAUAGCAUUGCCAUCCUGGAUCAAUCAAGCAAUAAGUAAAUACCAGUGGUUUGUAUAUUGACCUGCUGCAUCAUUGGACAGGCUCAUAUGGAAUGGUUAGAUCUUGAUAUAUCAAGUUUGUUAUGGAAAUGUCAGCUAAAACAUUAAAACAAACAACUUAUCAGA